UUUAUAAAUCGACAUAUCUGGUUUCCUGCUGGUUUCUUCAGAUCUCCACUUUCUGCUUGCUGAACAACUAAAAAUGGCUUUAAACGGUAAAACUGCGGUGGUGACCGGAGCCGCGAUGGGCAUAGGAAAAGCAAUAACAGAGAGUCUUCUGCAAAACGGUGCCAAGGUGGCCCUCUUGGAUGUAAAUAAAACUACAGGAGAGGCUUUAAUGGAGACCCUGAAUCAACAGUGUGGCGCAGGAAAAGCUUUGUUUCUGAAAUGUGAUGUUGAAUCUGACGAGCAGAUUAAAGCUGCUUUUCAGAAAACCAUGGAAACCUUCGGAGGAAUCGAUAUCGUGUCCAACAAUGCUGGCAUCUUGAAUGAGACCGCAUGGGAGAAAACUGUCUCCAUAAACCUCAUGGGCAGCAUCAGGGGGACUUAUGUUGCUCUGGAGCACAUGAACAAGUUGAAUGGAGGUCAAGGAGGAGUUAUCAUCAACACAGCAUCCAUGGCAGGUGUUGGUCCGUUGCUGAGCUGCCCUGUCUACACUGCCACCAAGAGUGGAGUGGUCGGCUUCACUAGAGCCAUGGCGGCUGCAUCGCAGGCAUCAGGCUAUGGUAUACGUUUUAAUGCCCUUUGUCCUGGUUUUGUGCAAACUGACCUUUUGAGUGACGUCACCAAAAAACUGGGACAAUUCUCCCACUUGGCUGAUGCAGCACAGCAGCUGAUAGAUACAAUUGGGAUUUUAAGUGUGUCUGAGGUAGCUGAGUGCUUCCUGGAGCUGGUAAAGGAUGAGACCAAAAAUGGAGAAGCCCUCGUCGUGUUCCCAAAAGGAAAAACUUACAUAAAUUUUCCAUCCUUAACCCAGUAAAGACUGAUGGCAGUGAUGUACCACAGCUCCACUCAAGGUUGAUCCAACUAGAUCUAGCUAACAAAACUGUCAUCAGUUCUUUUCCCCCAGUUUUCUGUAUAACUAGUUUGCUUCUUCAUUGAUAUUUGAUUUGCUCAUACUUGUUGUGAAACAAUAAAUAAAUACACCAUUGUG